AAAGGACCCGAAAUUAGAACUGGAUUGGUGAGGGGAGAUACCGACAUCCCAAUCAAAGCUGGCCAUGAAUUCAUUGUGUCGACGGAAGAUAAAUACAAGGAAUGCUGCGACGACAAAGUGAUGUAUGUUGACUAUGUGAGUGCUACUGAUAUUCAGGCAAACCUCCCCAAGGUCACUGAGCCCGGAAAAAUGAUCUAUGUUGACGAUGGUAUUCUAUCCCUCCUUGUUCUCUCUAUCGAUGGUCCCAAUGUUCACGUUCGUGCUCUGAACAAUGGCAAUAUCGCCUCUCGCAAGGGAGUCAACCUUCCCAAGACCCCAGUCGACUUGCCAUCCUUGUCCGAAAAGGACAAGAAGGACCUGCAGUUUGGUGUCAAGAAUGGUGUCGACAUGAUCUUUGCCUCCUUUAUCCGCCGUGCUCAAGAUGUCAUUGACAUUAGGGAGUGCCUCGGCCCUGAUGGUGCCAACAUCAAGAUUAUUGUCAAGAUUGAAAACGAGCAGGGUCUUGAGAACUUUGAUGAGAUUCUUAAGGAGACGGAUGGUGUGAUGGUGGCUCGAGGUGAUCUUGGUAUCGAAAUCCCCGCCAGUCAAGUGUUCCUCGCUCAAAAGAUGAUCAUUGCCAAGUGCAAUAUGGCCGGAAAGCCAGCUAUCUGUGCCACCCAAAUGUUGGAGGGCAGCUCUGAUAUAAUUAUUCAGUAUAACCCAAGGCCAACCCGUGCUGAAAUCAGUGAUGUUGCCAACGCUGUUCUUGAUGGUGCUGACUGUGUCAUGUUGUCCGGAGAGACGGCCAAGGGCACAUACCCAGUGCAAUCUGUGCAAAUGAUGGCGGAGACUUGCUUCCUUGCAGAAUCGGCAAUCUGCUACCCACCUCUCUACGAUGAACUCCGAGCAACAACAACUCGUCCUACCAGCACUGUUGAGACUGUUGCAUUGGCUGCCGUCGCGGCUGCAUAUGAGCAAGACGCUGGUGCCAUCCUUACAAGUUCUAACGGAAAUUUUAGUCACGAGGAGCCAACAAACUGCCCGCCAGAUUCACCUGCAUCGAGGCUGCUAUCCGUUCUGUGGCAACAGGAUGUGGAUAACAGGAUCAGGUUUGGUCUCAAGAGCGCUCUCGACCUCAAGAUCUUGAAGCCUGGCUCAGCUAUCAUCGCCGUUCAAGGAUGGAGACAGGGUAGCUUCCACACCAACACGAUGCGUAUCCUCACCGUCCCCACGGAUAUGGCUGAUUUGACGAUCCUUCCCUUGACUGACGCCAAAGUGCAAAAUGCAAGAAUGAUGCGCGCACCAAAAUUCGAACCGGUGAUAUGUGAACAGAGCCGUGUGUGUGGAAUUCCCAGGGUAGUCGUCCCUCCUCCCUAUAAACCAAACUCAAACUCCUCCUCAAACUCCUUCAAGGGUCCUCUCUUUCAGACUCCUCCUUCUCUUUUAUUUUCUGGGACGCCAAUCGUGCGGCCGUUCGUUGCGAUGGGCUCCUCUUGGACGAUUUCGACUUGCACUCUCUUGACGACCUUGGGCGCAAUUCUUUUUGAAAAUGCAAACGCGUUCACCUACCCUCCGGUCGCCGCUCCUCUUGUCGUGAAAACACCGUAUCUCAAUACUUGGUUAUAUGGCAAGGAUGCCAACAUUGCCAAUAGCUGGCCUAGGUCUGGGGGGAAUACAGGCAUUACGGGAUGGGCAGGGUUAGCUCGAGUGGAUGGAGUAGGCUGUAAUUACCUGGGAAAUGGAUCCAACGGUACACAGAUUGCUCCCUCUGGACAGCUCCAAAGUACCACGAUCACUGCUACACAGACACAAUAUGUAGUCAGAUGUGGCGGAGUUGACCUCAAAGUUACAUAUCUCAGUCCAAUUGAGCCGUCCGACUUUGUGAGGCUGUCGCUACCGUUCACAUAUCUGUCGGUCACCGCAUCCCCCAACGAUGGGCGCCAACACAGUGUGCAAGUAUACGCUGAUUUAGCUGGAGAAUGGCUAGGCCCAGACAGUGCAGCCGUAAUGACCUGGUCUACACAAAAAACACAGGCGAUGGUAUAUCAUCAAUUCCAACUCGCCAGUCCAACCCAAUUCGGGUCGAGGGAUGAUAGGGUCACUUAUGGUCAUGCCUACCAUGGGAUUCUCCUCGAUACUGGGGUUACAUAUCAGACCGCUCCUGAUGUCAAUCUCAGGACGUGGUUCAACUCUACUGGAACGUUGAACAAUACUCAGGAUACCACGUCUCGUGCUAUUGGAGACCGUUGGCCGUGCAUGGCCUUGUCCAAGGACUUGGGGUCGAUCACUGCAGAGUCGAAACCAGUGGUGUUUGUCGUUGGAUUGACAAGAGACCCUGCUAUCUCGUAUCAAACUUCUGGAGGUCCUCAGGCGCGUUCGCUAUACUAUCGUGCUCAGUUGAGCAAUGAUGAGGAUGCUCUUUCCUUCUUUUUGAAUGACUAUGACAAUGCUGUUGCUUCAGCCAACAACUUUGACGGCAAAGUCAACUCAGCCGCAGCCCAGAUAUCCAACGACUAUGUGGACCUCGCAGUAUUGGCUGCUCGACAAACCUUUGCCCAUGUGGAACUCACAGUCUCUACCGGAAGCGAUGGCAACUUGAACAAGUCGGACCCAUUGCUCUUCAUGGGUCUUGAUGGGUAUGUCACUCAUCCUCGACUGAUUGAUCACGUUUAUAUUGAUGAAAUUUACAGGGUAAACAGCCUCGAUGAGAUUUAUGCAUCCUCUCCCUUUUGGGCUUGGGCCAACCCAGACUUGCUCGGACUUUUACUGCAACCCAUUGUCCAAUGGCACCGUAAUAUUGGAGCUACGAAUGCUGCGGUAGGGAACCGCGUCAUUGACAAUCUCGGCAGUCAAUAUCCACAAGCCAGUGGUCCUCAGACUAAUGCUCUGAAUGCCAAGAGCUUGGAGUCGACUGCAGACCUCAUGCUGAGUACUGCAGCCUUUGUCAAAGCUAAGGGAGAUUAUUCCAUUGUCGAGGAUAAUAUGGAUCUAUACAAAUCGUGGGGAAACUUCCUCAAAGAUAACGCCUUGUAUCCGGCCUCACAACUUACCUCUGAUGGCGACAUCAUUGGUAGCCCAACGAAUGACACCAACCUAGCGGCAAAGAGUAUCAUUGCUCUCAAAGCAUUCUCCGACAUCCUCACCUCUAUGAGACAAGAUGCAUCCGCCUACCACGAUAGUGCUACCAAUUACGCUUCUACCUGGCAACAACUUGCCGCCAGUUCAACCGCCUUUUCCCUAUCUUAUGGAAACCCUAGUUCCUGGAGUAUGGUGUACAAUCUAUUCUGCGACAAGUGGCUCAAAACUGGAUUGUUUACCGACGACGUAGAAAGGUUGGCUGAUGCAUACUCGUCUCUAGAUACGUACGGUCUUGCACUUAAUAGCAACACGACCCUUACUAGCCCUCCUGGCUUGGCGCCAGAAACGUCGACACGCGAUUUGCUCAUUGCCAGAACGAAAAACUUUAUCCAAAAUGGAGACGCUAAUGUCCCUUGGGCUAGCUACAUCGGUGUAACCAAUGGAAAGGCCGCCGACAAUACCUUCAACCGAGCUAGUAUCGGUGGUGUGUAUGCACUACUGGUUCGUGAUCUUGAACCUGCUCCUUCGGCCUCGUCGGCGAUGUCAAGCUAUCCUUCGUUAAUUACAGUUGUCACCUCAUUCGUG